AUGGUGCGGCUUCUCGGGCUGCGGAGCCUGAGCUUCGGGCCGGAGGAGUCGCCGCGGGAGAUCCCCUCCACCGCCGACGCGGCCCCGCCCGUUGGCAGCAGUGGCUGGCUCGUGCGCUUCUUCGACUCCGCCUUCUUCUGCGAGUGGAUCGCCGUCAGCUACCUCUACAAGCACGACCAUGCCGGAGUGCGCGACUACCUCUGCAACCGCAUGUACACGCUCCCGCUGCCGGGGCUCGAGGCCUACCUCUUCCAGGUCUGCUACAUGCUCGUCCACAAGCCCAGCCCUUCCCUCGACCGUUUCGUCAUCGACACCUGCGCCAAGUCGCUCCGCAUCGCGCUCAAGGUGCACUGGCUCCUCGCUGCAGAGCUUGAGCUGGAGGACGCUGACGAUCUGGAUGGGAUCGACAAGGUGCAGGAGCAGUGCCAGGUUGCAGCGACCGUGCAGGGUGAGUGGCCACCGCUAGUCCGGCCGGCUCCUCCAUCCCCUGCUGCCAGUCCGCGAGGUAACCCCAUGCUCAGCAGAAUACGAUCGUCCAAGCAACGGCUAUUGUCCCUCGCAUCGUCGCCGUCACUUGGACUGAGCCCCCCAGCUGGUGGUGGGGUCAAUGUUGCCGAGGAUGCUAUGGGUACUGGAGGGAAGCAGCCAGCCACACUGUCAUCAGAGGAUAACAAGUUGCUUAAGAGGCUGAGCAUUGGUCCAAAAAUGCGCGAUGCACUGCUCUUCAGACGAUCAGGAGAGAAGGAUGAAGAACAAGACCGGGAUGGGUUUUUUAAGAGGCUUCUUAGGGACAGCAGAGACAAGGAGGAGGAUGAUGGGGACAGAGAAGGAUUUUUCAAAAGGUUACUUAAGGAUAGCAGGGAGAAGGAUAAUGAGGAGGAAGAAGGUGAUAGAGAUGGUUUCUUCCGCAGAUUGCUCAGGGAUAGCAAGGAGGAGGACAUGGAACUGACACCAAGCUCAGAUGGUUUGUUGAAGCGACUCUUCCGUGAUAAGGAGGACAGGCAAGGUGAGGAUGAUGAGAAGGAAGGAUUUUUUCGCAGGAUGUUCAAGGAUAAGAAUGAGGAGAGGAGAGAUAGCAUCCAUGCAAGACAUGGGGAUGAGGAAAGAGUGGGCAAAAGUGUGGAAGAUGAUGACAGAGAAGGUUUCUUCCGCAAAAUUUUCAAAGAUAAGAAUGAGGAGAGGAAAGAUGAAGGGCAUCAAAAGCCAGAUGAGAGGGAAAAGGUUGGUGCAAACAUAGAAGAGGAUAAGAGAGAUGGUUUUUUCAGGCAACUCUUUAAGGAGAAAAACGAUGAGAAAAAGGAAGGCAGCACACCAAGCAAGAAAGAGGAAGAUGAUAAAGGCCAUAAAAAUGCAGAUGAUGAUAAUUUCUUCCGCAGGCUUUUCAAGGAUAAGAAUGAAGAAAAGAAAGGGAUCACUCAUGACAGGAAUGAAGAUGACAAGUGUGAGGAAGGUGAUAAAGAAAACUUCUUCCGCAAAUUAUUUAAGGAUAAGCAUGGGGAGAGGAGAACUGAGGGGCCUGAUAAAAAUGAUGAUGAUGGUAAGGGUACUAGUGGUAUCGAAGAGGAGGAUAAUCCAGAGUUUUUGUCAUUCCGUAGGUUGUUUAGAGUGCACCCAGAAGAUUCUAAGAGUGGGCACAUAGAAAGCAGUCAAUCUAACAAUCUUUCUGAGGGGAGCCCAGGAUCAGAAAGCUUUUUUAAGAGGCUCUUCCGUGAUAGAGACCGCUCACUUGAAGAUUCUGAGAUUUUCGGCUCAAAAAUAGCAAAAGAGGCAAGGAUCUGGUCUCAUAUUAUUUUUCAGCUUGAUAGCUCCUGUGUUCAUGUUAUAGUAAAACACCCUGGUAGCACAGGAAUCAAUGAGAAGCAAAGUGGAAAACCACCAUUACCAAUUAAUGCAGUAGCAGAGCUUCGAAAAGGUUCUUACUAUGCUUCGUUGGAACUUGUUCAGGCUUUAUGUGAUACAUCUUAUGGCCUGGUAGACAUAUUUCCUAUUGAGGAUCGUAAGAUUGCCCUCCGGGAGUCUCUUACAGAGAUCAAUAGUCAGAUUGCUUCUGCUGAAAAAAAUGGAGGAGUAUGCUUUCCGAUGGGAAAGGGCAUAUAUCGAGUGGUUCAUAUACCUCAAGACGAGUCUGUUCUUCUGAAUUCUAGGGAGAAAGCUCCUUACCUUAUAUGCGUUGAAGUUUUAAAAGCAGAAGCUCCUAGCCACUCUAAAGGAUCAUCAGAUGGGCACAAAUUAUCAAAAGGUGGGAUACCAUUGGCUAAUGGAGACGUGCAACUACCAAAACCACCUCCAUGGGCUUAUCCUUUGUGGAGCAGGCACGAAACACAAAACUAUGAAACAGACAGAAUGCUGAAGUCUACAUCUCAGGUUAUUGACCAAGCAAUGGCUCAACUCUGGGAGACUAAAGUAAAAUUUGUAAAUGUUAGUUUCUCUAUUGAGAAACUUGGUCGCUCAAGGAGCAUUGCACUUUCUGAAACCGGCCGUAGGCUGCGACAUGAUGCUACGGAUUCUCAUGAUCCACCUGGAGAUUCGCAAACAGUUGCUGAUCAGCCUAUUGAAUGGGUGAAGGUUACAUUGUCUGCAGUUCCAGGAGUUAACAUGGAAGAUGUAGAUGAUAAUGAACCAACACGAAAGAAGGACCAUCGCCGCGUUCCUAGUACAAUUGCCAUGGAGGAAGUAAAGGCUGCAGCAUUAAAAGGAGAAGCUCCACCUGGUCUACCUCUAAAAGGAGUUGGGCAGAGCACCCAAAAUUUAGAUCCUAAGGCUACUGAUGGUGGGGAUCCAAAACCAACUGAUGCUUUGGCUGGUGAGCUUUGGGCUGUCAAACGAGAGAGAAUUCGACGGUCUUCGGUUCAUGGAAAAUCACCUGGCUGGGACUUGCGUUCUAUUAUUGUCAAGAGUGGUGAUGACUGCCGUCAAGAACACUUGGCCGUACAGCUUGUUGCACACUUCUAUGAUAUAUAUCAAGAAGCUGGUUUACCACUAUGGCUGCGGCCUUAUGAAGUGAUUGUUACUUCUGCUUAUACAGCACUAAUUGAGACCAUCCCUGAUACGGCAUCAAUCCAUUCGCUCAAAAGUAGGUUUCCCAAUAUUUCAAGUCUCCGAGACUACUAUGUAGCCAAGUAUGAAGAGAAUUCUCCAAAUUUCAAACUUGCACAGAGAAACUUUGUUGAAAGUAUGGCUGGAUAUUCAAUUCUGUGCUACCUACUUCAGGUGAAAGAUCGCCACAAUGGGAAUCUUCUAAUAGAUGAGGAAGGACAUAUUAUUCAUAUUGAUUUUGGUUUCAUACUAUCUAACUCUCCUGGAGGGGUAAACUUUGAGAGUGCACCAUUUAAGCUAACAAGGGAACUCCUUGAAGUGAUGGAUUCUGAUGCAGAGGGAACUCCCAGCGAGUUCUUUGAUUACUUCAAGGUGCUAUGCAUUCAAGGUUUCCUUACUUGUCGGAAGCAUGCAGAGCGUAUUAUACUUCUUGUGGAAAUGCUGCAGGAUUCUGGCUUUCCAUGUUUCAAAGGUGGCCCUCGCACUAUACAAAAUUUGAGGAAGAGGUUCCACUUGAGUCUAACUGAAGAGCAAUGCGUAUCCCUGGUGCUCUCACUGAUCAGUAGCAGCAUGGAUGCUUGGCGCACUCGGCAAUAUGAUUACUACCAGAGAGUAUUGAAUGGGAUUUUAUGA